ACAAAAAGCAAUUUUCCGGUGGCCCUGGUACAGGGUUGCCAUUUUUACCCAAAUUAACAACACAAAAUAAACCUCUAAGGAAGUAAAUAAUGCACAGUUUGUGUAUUCACAAUUUUUAAAUAGCAGGAAAAACUCGCACGAGUAAAAUGGCAGAUUCUGCAGUGAUGGGGAGCGGCUCUUUUAACGCCGGAAACCGCUCAGGGUCCAGUAAAACCAGCACAAGUCCUUUAGAGAAUUACCAGCUGGCUCGACGAAGGACCCUGCAGGUGGUGGUGAGCUCUCUGCUGACGGAGUGUGGCUUUGACAGCGCGGAGAAAGCUGCAGUAGAAACCCUCACUGAGAUGAUGCAGAGCUAUAUAACUGAAGUUGGACGUAGUGCGAAGGCGAACUGUGAACACACUGCUAGAAGUACUCCUACACUUUCUGAUGUGGUCAUAACGCUGGUCGAAAUGGGAUUUAAUGUGGAUACUCUUCCAUUGUAUGCCAAAAGGUCUCAAAGGAUGGUCAUAACUGCACCACCAGUUACAAAUGCUCCCGUGGUCCCGAAAGCCCUCAUGGCCGGACAGAAGCGCACCCACCCUGCGCACAUCCCAAGUCACUUCCCGGAAUUCCCAGAUCCUCAUACUUACAUCAAAACGCCAACCUUUCGAGAGCCUGUGUCAGAUUACCAGAUAGUAAGAGAGAAGGCAGCCUCACAAAGGAGAGAUGUGGAACGCGCUCUCACACGCUUCAUGGCCAAGACUGGAGAAACACAAUGUCUCUUCAAGGAUGACACCAGUACCUUUCCCUUAAUCGCUGCUCAUCCAAAUUCCAUCCCGUACCUGAGCGCCUUGCUACCCUCUGAACUAGAGCUUCAGAUGCUGGAGGAAACCGAUUCAUCUGAACAGGACGACCAGACCGACACAGAAAACAAUCCCAGCAACAUUAUGCAGGACGACUCCGGUGGAGAUAAGGAGAAUGCAGUUCUUCCACCAGGUGGUGGUGUAUCUGCAGGGAAGGCUAAUGAGGAAAAUAUGAUUGACAACCCUUAUCUACGACCAGUCAAAAAGCCCAAAGUUAGAAGGAAGAAAUGAAAAUGGCGAUAUUGACUUAUCUGUUUGUACAUUAUCCCAUAAUCGUGACUUCUUAGCAUUUGCUAAUCACAUUGUGAAACCGGACGUUAUGGCCAACAUGAGGAACAAGACUUGAAACAACUGCAAUUUGGAAACAAUGUCUCAACGGUUUAGCGAGCGCUUCAGCCGUGGUCCGCCAAGUUACUUUUGGCUUUUAUUUUUAUAAAAUGACAGUUGCACUGUCAAAAUUUCACAAAAGUAGUUUCCAAAGAGUAACACCAAUUUUCAUCCAAAAUGUUAUAAUUUAUGAUUUUGAUAUGUCACAUCCUAAAA